AUGGACCUCAUUGGGUUUCUGAAGUCUCAGUUCCUAUGCCAUUUAAUCAUUUGUUAUAUAUUCAUCGUGUCAGGGCUGAUCAUAAACACUAUUCAGCUCUUCACCCUUGUUCUCUGGCCGAUCAACAAACAACUCUACAGGAAGAUCAACUGCAAACUGGCGUACUGCAUUUCAAGCCAGUUGGUGAUGCUGCUGGAAUGGUGGUCAGGUACUCAGUGCACGCUCUACACGGACCCCAAGGAUUAUGUCAAGUACGGGAAGGAAAAUGCCAUCGUAAUCCUUAACCACAACUUUGAAAUCGACUUUCUCUGUGGUUGGAACUUUUGUGAACGAUUUGGGGUCUUAGGGAGCUCCAAAGUACUGGCUAAGAAAGAACUUUCUUAUGUCCCUGUAAUUGGAUGGAUGUGGUAUUUCCUGGAAAUAGUAUUCUGUUCCCGCAAGUGGGAGGAAGAUCGUGAGACAGUCAUCAAGGGUUUGCUAAAUCUCCGAGACUAUCCUGAAAACUUCUGGUUUCUGAUUCAUUGCGAGGGCACCAGAUUCACCCAGCAGAAGCACCAGAUCAGUAUGCAGGUAGCAGAAUCUAAAGGCUUGCCGAAACUCAAAUACCACCUGCUUCCGCGCACAAAGGGAUUUGCUGUCACUGUGAAGUGUUUAAGAAAUGUAGUUACAGCCGUGUAUGACUCUACACUCAAUUUCAAAAACAAUGAAAAUCCAACACUCCUGGGGGUCUUAAGUGGAAAGAAAUAUCAGGCAGAUUUAUAUGUAAGAAGAAUUCCAUUAGAAGAAGUCCCAGAAGAUGAAGAACAGUGUUCCAGAUGGCUCCAUAAGCUUUAUCAAGAAAAGGAUGCCUUUCAGGAGGGAUACUACAGGACUGGCACGUACCCCGGCACUCCUAUCGUACCACCUCGGCGAUCUUGGACUCUCCUGAUUUGGCUUUUCUGGGCUCUGUUGCUUCUCUACCCCUUGUUCCAACUCAUAGUUAACAUGAUCAGCAGUGGUUCGUCACUGACGCUGGCCAGUUUUGCCCUUGUCAUUUUUGUGGCAUCCGUUGGUGUUCGGCGCAUGAUCUCGGUGACAGAAAUUAACAAAGGUUCUACCUAUGGAAACAACGAUAACAAGCAGAAACAAAAGUGAUUGGUUCAGGGACUCCUUUUCAUCCAAAGGGAACUUCAGAAAACUCUUGAUUCUCCUCGGAAGGACAGAGUGAUGAAGGUUGGAUGAGAGACUACUGGUGAUAUAUCUAAAGCCACCCUCCCGUUUGGGCAGGGGCUUGGUCUCAAAGCCAGAUGGGGAAGAAGAUGUAUUCUAAAUCCCCUCUCCUAACAUUUUU